AUGCUCCAGAAUAACAAAUGUGGGUUCUGUAAUGAAGAGGAAACCAUUGAUCAUUUAUUUUUCUGUUGUUUCAAAUUGAAGCAAAUAUGGAGUGGUGUUCUUCAAUGGAUGGGCAUUCAACGCAUCCCAACAAGAUGGAAAGAGGAAAUGCAAUGGGCUCUGAGAAAUUAUGGUGGGAAAGGCUGGAAAUCUGAUUUAUUUAGGCUUGCACUCGCGGAAACUCUUCACGAGCUCUGGAUGUAUCGGAAUGAUUCCUGUUUUAAUCAAAGAACAGAUAAUAGGAAUUGCCUAGAUAGUAUUAUAAACAACAUAGUAUAUAGAGGGUGGACUAGUCCUAAGCUUAGACCACAUAUAGCUAGGUUACUAUUACCUUAA